AUGUCUCACUCCUCAAGCUCCUCCAACAUUGCUCCAGGCCAAUUGGAGUCUGGCGUCCUGGAGAAGAAGGCGGAUUCCAACAUCGUUGAUUGGGAUGGACCUGAAGAUCCUGGAAACCCUCGCAACUGGCCAAAACAAAAAAGAUGGGCGCAUGUUAUUAUAGUUUCGAUAUUGGCCUUGAUCACGAACAUGGCCCCCACGAUGUGCGCGCCAGGGGCUGAUGGCAUUGCCGCCGACCUCCACAUCACGUCCACGGUUGUCAGCACGCUCGCAGUCACUCUGUAUGUUCUAGGGAUCGCUAUUGGGCCGAUGUUCACCUCGCCACUUAGCGAAGUGUACGGGCGUGUGCCUGUCUACCAUGGUACCACUAUUGUCUUUGUCGCAUUCAUGAUUGGCAACGCACUGAGCAAGACCACCGCCCAGUACAUGGUCUUUCGCUUCAUAUCGGGAUGUGCUGGAGGUACCCCAAUGGCACUAGGCGGGGGCACCAUUGCAGAUAUUACCACCGUGGAGCAACGGGCUGUUGCAAUGGCCUUGUUUAGUAUGGGUCCGCUUGCGGGGCCAGUACUCGGUCCAGUCAUUGGAGGCUUCGUGGCGGCCAGCAAGGGCUGGCGUUGGACCUUCUGGCUUCUAGCCAUCCUUGGCGGCUUCUUUGGGUUUGCAUCCGUGUUGAUCAUGCGCGAAACACACCCCAGGGUCCUACUCAAGAGUAAGACCGCCUACCUGCGUACUGCCACUGGAAACCCCCAUCUGCGACCCAAACUCGACAGCAGCCUAUCACCCCGCCAGGUUCUCCUGCAGGUGCUCAUCCGCCCGGCCAUGCUACUCAUGCGGUCACCAAUUCUCCUCAUAAUCUCUCUCUACGUAGCGCUGGUUUUCGGGGUGAUGUAUCUGCUAUUCACCACCUUUACGAGUGUUUUUGAGGGCCAGUACGGCUUCUCCACGUCCAUUUCCGGACUCACAUACCUCGGUCUGGGAGUCGCGUUGGUGGCCAGCAUGUUGAUCUUCAAUAUGCUUAACGGUCGGGUUCAGGCGGCACGGAUGAAGGCUGACGGCGUACAACUACCGCGCCCAGAGUAUCGCUUACUCCUCAUGAUCUGGUUCAGCCCUUGCGUCGCCGGCGGUCUUUUUCUCUACGGCUGGACCGCAUACUACAAGAUUCAUUGGAUCGUACCUAUCCUGGGCACAUUCUUGAUGGGUUUUGGCGCCUUCUUUGUCAUUAUGCCCGCACAGCUUUACCUCGUAGAUGUCUUCGGUUCAGAGGCCGCCGCAUCGGCCCUGGGUGCCAAUAACCUGCUGCGCUACAUCUCCAGCACAUUCCUCCCACUAGCGGGACCGAGCAUGUAUAAGACUCUGAACUACGGGUGGGGGAACUCAUUGCUGGGGUUCAUAGCAUUGGCCUUCAUCCCGGGGCCACUCCUCUUCUACAAGUAUGGGGAACGUCUUCGUGCCAAGGCGCACGCCAUAUCGUAG